AUGUCAUGGCAGCGGAUACCUAUGUUGCUGACAACAUCACUGCUCGUUGCUGUCUUCAUCGAUCGCUACGUUCUCAAGCCGCCACGCAAACUUAGACACAUUCCCUACAUUGACUUUAUUCGAUACAUCAAGGCUGUAAUGUUGGAACGAAAGUCAAGAGAGGAGAUUGGCAAGCUGAUCAAUUUACGUGCUUUGAAGCAAUCUUCAAAUGGGUUGUUCGUGGGAUACGACGAGUAUGGGUGGGGUGUCCAUGUGUCCAUGCCGAAUCACAUGCGUCAAGUUCUCACGCAACAAGAUCAGUUCCCUAAAGCAGACGUGAUAAAUAUGCGUAAAGGUACAUUGUUUGGGCGAAUUGGAUUUGGUCCAAAUGUAUUUAUGGUAAAUGGCAAUCAAUGGAAACUGCAGCGAAGGAUCACUAAUCCAGCCUUUCACCGGUCGUUGCCCGUUAACAUAUGCGGUCGUCUAUCCGAAGACCUUUUCAACAUUGUGAUGGGAAAAGGGGGCGUGUUUAAUAUCCACAACUUAACGGAGCGUUUCACUUUGGACGUACUUGGGCAGGGGAUUUUGGGUGUCGACUUUUGUGCUAUUCAGGAUGGCGACAGCUAUUGGCACAACACGUAUAUCCAUAUUAUGAAAGCCGCAACCGAUCCUUUCUUUUUCGUAUUUCCUGUGCUUGACAAACAGCUUCGUUUUCUUUUUCCUUCACGGGUUCGUGAUCACCAACUGGUGACUGAUUUUCUCGGUCGCAUUCAAUUACUUGCUGAUGAAAAGCGAGCAACAUUGGAUAAACAGCAGCCACAUGACGAUACAGUCCCUGACCAUGAAAAGGACAUGCUGACUUUAUUAGUAGAAAGAGAAAAUGAGCAAGGAUUAAGACUGAGCAAUGAAGAGAUGCUGAAUAAUCUCACUGCCUUUUUCAUUGCUGGCCACGAUAAUAUAAGCAAUGCAAUUGCUCGCUCAGUGUACUUUAUGGCCACACAUAUGCAAGUACAAACAAAGGCGAGGCAACAAGUCAUCCGUAUUCUGGGAGAUGACCCUGCUCAUAAGGAUAUACGUCCCACAGCUGCCCAACUUCAAGAGAUGGAUUAUCUUACUGCAAUCAUCAAUGAGACGCUGCGCAUGAGCAUGUCGGUGACCAACGCCGUUCCUCGUGUUGCUGCACAAGACACGUACAUUGAUGGCGUCUUUAUCCCAAAAGGAACAACCAUCGCCAUCAACCUUUAUGAAGCUCAUCACAAUCCUCGUGUGUGGAAUGACCCUGAAGCAUUCAGGCCAGAGAGGUUUGAACCUGGGGACGAAUACGAUAAACUCAAGGCACAGGGUGAUGGGACAGCGUUUAUUGCCUUCGGGAUUGGACCACGAUUAUGCGUCGGUCAAAAUUUAGCACUCGCUGAGCUGCGUGUGUUUUUAGCAAUGCUGCUUCGCAGAUAUGAAUGGUCACUUACUAAGGAUUCGAUUCACAAGGAUGGAAUCGUAGUGGAAGGGAUGGGCUUUUGUACACCUGUCAAACUUGAUUUGGAGUUUAUUAGUCGCCAUUAA